GGCCUACCAGACCAGCGGCAAAACGAAGAGCAUUACAGAUCCAUCUAGGUUGGGACUGCUAGUGGCAUAGAGGAUGUUCGUCGACAACUAUCAUCGCAGGUCAUCCUAUGUUUGGACACUGACAGGCCACUUCAGUCCGCUGCGAUACUCAAGACUAUCCGGGGAUAGUUAGCGCAAUCACGCGGGGUCAGCUUAGUCUCAUCUCCUCCAUCUGCCAGCUCCUGGUUAUCAAAAAGAAAAAGAAAAAAAGUUCAACCUUGGUCUGGUCAGUUCUGCCAUGGAUGGAGAUCAACCUCAGUCGAACCCAUCCGGCCCAACUUCACCGGCCAAAUCGCCCGCCCGACGACGCAGACCGCCAUUGUCCUGUACCAUCUGCCGGCGCCGCAAGCUGAAAUGCGACCGCGCGCUGCCAUGCGGACAAUGCGUCAAGUCUAAGACCCCCGAUCAGUGCGUAUAUGUCGGACAUCAACCUUCCAAGUUUGAGGCACGUCGUGGAGAUAAUGCGCCGCCAGAAGGCGCACGUGUACCGACCAGUAAACCUAGUCCCGCACAUGGGGGGUUAUAUGUGUUCGACUCCAAGCGUCAGUCAUCGGCGAACAGGAUCACCAAACCCAAAGCGCGCUCGGACGAGCUGCACGAGCUGCGCAACCGCGUGCAGUUCCUGGAGGCGGCGCUAUCCAAGACUGGUCCGAUCCACACGCCCGAGAGCUUGGGAUAUGACGCGCAGUCGGAGGCUGCGGUGCGCACUGCGCCAGAAGCUCAGAAUCUGACGGACAAUGUCAAAGAACUCUGCUCGCGGUCAUGCUUUCGCGGGAAGAAGAGCAGGACGCGCUACUGUGGGCGGUGCCAUUCGGCCGUCACUCUAUCCUUUUUCGAAGAUGUCACGGUCUUCAUGCGAGGACAUCGCAGUAACUUGAAGCGCAACCCCGACUACAAGGAAUUCAAGAGUUUCAAGGGCGAGAUGUGGGCUCGCGAGAGACAGGAUCACCAACGUGCCUUUCGCAACAAGUCCUGGAAUCUGGAAGAGAUGGUCCCACCACGGCACGUUGCCGAUGAGCUUGUGAAUUUGUACCUGUCGACUUUUGAGAUGACCUACCGCAUCCUACAUGUGCCGACCUUUCUCGAGCAGUAUGAAGCUUACUGGACGGCUACAGGUCCGCGAGACCGGUGCUUCGUUGCUAAGCUUUUAGCUUUGAUGGCUGCCAGCACUUGUUUUCUCAGCCCAACAACUAAGAUUGAUGGUCGGGAAAAGCUGCACGAUGCCGCUGCAGAAUGGAUUGCGGGAGUCCGUUCCUGGAUCGCCCUGACUUUGGUCAGCUCAACCAUUGAUUUCAACAUCUUACAGAUUGAGUGCCUUGUUUUAAUCGCACGGCAAGCGGACGCUAUCGACGGAGACAUCGUCUGGAUUUCUUCCGGCUCACUGAUUCGCAUUGCAAUGACAAUGGGACUACAUCGAAGUCCCUACCGGUUCCACAAGAUGACCAAAUUCUGGGCUGAGAUGCGGCGGCGACUCUGGGCCACGAUUGUGGAGCUGGAUUUACAGUCGUCAAUCGACAAGGGAAUGCCUCCUAACUUGGAUCUGGAAGAAUUCGACUGUGAAGCACCAUCGAACCUUGACGACUCUCAACUAACCGAAAACAUGACGGACGAUCCGGUCCCGAAGGACUUAGGGACGUUCACGCGCAGCACCUUCCAAGUUUUACUGCACCAGACCCUGCCAUUGCGAGUGCACAUCGCCAAAGCCAUCAACACGCUGAGAUUCACACUCUCAUACGACGGCGCUCUGCGGUUGAGCGAAGAGAUAAACCAUUCGAUGCAAGAAGCCGCGGGCAUAUUUCAUCGCAUGAGAGCUGCGACUUCGCCCACAGCCGAAAACGAUUCUUCUUUCGCACAGUCAAUGCUGGUCUUCUUGCUGCGGCGAUCUCUUCUUGUGCUCAAUCGUCCGUUUGCCCUGAGCAUCCUCCGGACGCCGAAAUUCUCCUAUUCCCGCAAGAUCUGUCUGGAAUCGGCGCUGCAAAUGCUCUCUUACCUCGAGCCAUCUGCGGAGGCGCAGGCGUUGCCUCAGCUCGCCCAGCUCAGUGGUGGGAUGUUUCGUAAUGAGUUUCUCCACGCGGCUCUGACGGUGUGCGUGGAGUUGUACCUGCAGUCGUGCGAACUCAGUCUCCCGCAAUCCUUGCCUAUGGGCCCGUCGAGUACGCUGACAUCGUUCAACGAUCUGGUGCGCUCUCAGCAAGAAGUGAUGUUGCAGGCCGUGCAGCAGACGAUCGAGACGUUUGGGAGCCGGAGGGGCCCGAGCGGUAAGGGCUGCAAGGGGUUCUUCUUCUUGACCAUGGUUUUGGCGUCUGUCAAGGCCCGGGUCAACGGACAGGACCCUCAGAAGAUGAUCGAGCAGGAUGUUGCUGUUUGCAUGCGACAGUGCGAACAGGUGAUGCGGGGGACGCCAUUGGCUGAUGUACGGAACCGCGAUCAGACGGGUAGCUCCACUACGGCCACUGCAGAUUCCUCGUCGGUGGAGGCUACGGCGCCGGUUGACUUCGACCCUGCCUCUUUUGGGCUGGACGCUCCGCUUGAUUUCGGGAACUUGUUCGACAUGGCAGACUUCGGGGUGUCGGAGCUGUGGGAUCGAGAUUUCUUUGCCAGCUUCUAGUAGUGACAUUGGCGUUGGUUGGUUUCGGGUAUACCAUUGAUGAGCAUGUGUGUGUAUGAAGCGUAGAACGUAUCUCUUCUCAAUAUACAGAAGAUAAUC